GUCGGGUAUGUGCCUCGACAGGUCCGUAGCCAUUUUGACUCAAGCCUGCCUUGGGCGCUAGGCGGGCGGUGCGCGCCGUGCCUCUCCCUGUAGAGUCCAGUCACCUCGGCUGGCGCGGAGAGCGGCUCGGUCUCCUUCCCCCGCGCGCGCGCGUCCCGAGGCAAUGGCUACGGUCGCUUCCCUGGGUGGGGACAAGCCUGCGGGUGCAAGGCUUGGCGCUGUCGCGGAGCUCGUCCGCGCCGCCGUGCGAGGUGCAGCCGAGGGAGGUGCGCCUCGGCAGGGCCUGGCGGCUGUGGCGGCGGCGGCGGUCCGCUCGGCCAUGGGAGAUCCCGCAGUGGUGCGUUCGAGCCCGUCGUCGCUGAGCACGUUCGGGCUGCGAGCGAGGCGCGGCCCCCGCGCGUGGCGGGAGGUCGACGCGCCUGGCGGAACAUCGCGGAGCACAAGUUCCACGACGAGAUGGGCAAGCCCUUCAGGGUCGAGGAUCGGUUCGAGAAGUCAGACGCGCAGGGCAAGUGCCUCCAGCGCGGCCGGCGGCUGCUGGCCGAGGUACGGGGCAAGGCCGGGAUGCGAUCCGUGUCGGGGGUGCUGACGCCGAGGUUCGAGGACAAUGGCGCGGACGAAGCGUGUGCUUGCUUGGACGAGGCGCUCACGGAGGCGACCACCUCCAGCGGGAAGUCCGAGUGGCUGGAGCAGCUCGGCGUCGCGGGCUCGGGAUCGGCGGCGGCGGACUCGGACGGCAUGGUGCGCCGUGUCCAGGAGCUCAUGGCGGAGCGCCAGCAGCUCCUGGCAGAACGAGACGGGCUCGUGGACGAGCUCAUGAGCACCAAGGCCCUUGCCUGGGAGCUCACGCGCAAGGCGGAGGCCGCCUCGCCUUUCUGGGCCGACCUCGCCUGUGGGGAGGAUGAGGGGCUUGGAGGUGCGGCCAGUUUCGAUUUCGAGGGCGUCUUCGUUGGGGCCGAUGCGGCGCGGAAGGAGUCCCUGCCAGAGGUCCCGCCUUUCCCGCUGCUGCAGGAUGGCGUGGGCGAGCAACUGGUGGGGCAGCCCGUCGGCAUGGAGGCGUCGUACAAGGAGAAGUUCGCGGGGUCAGCCUUGUCGAACAACUGUUCCCACGAGGAGGCGUCCGAGUGCCAGGCCGCCCGCAUCGGGGGCAGCAAGCCGACAGCGCUGGAGCCGAGGGCGUGUGGCGCCGAGGCGCUGGUGGAGGCGCCCGAGGGGGCCUCGAAGGGAGCGCGUUGGGCUGAUGACCUCGAUGAGAUCACCCAGCAGGUGGUGCCCGAGGUUUCGGCGGCGGCGGAGGCCCCGACGGAGGCCCAGCAACUCAUUCUCGGCGCCGCUAGGCUGGCGAGGGAGGCCCUCCAGCGCGGCGACAUCGCCGAGGGCCUUCGGCUGCUGGAGGCGGCCCAGGCGAAGUGCCUGGAGAACUAGCCAGGUAGGGUGGCGCCUAGAUCAUGUGUAGUAUAUGUUUCUUGCACAGUGCUUGCUUGAUUCAGGUGUUGCUGGUGAUGAGAUCGUGUGUCGUAUCUGUUCCUUUCAGUGCUACACCUGAUUUGGUUUUCUUGUGUAGUAUAUGGUCUGAUCAGUGCUGCACUUUAUGGAUGGUCUUGUGUAGUGUAUGCCAGAGGCUUCGCCUCUCUGUCUGUGCUGCACUUGUUUGGGGGGGGUCCAAGGCGGCCUCCUCGGGAGGGUAGGCCAAUCCGUGGCCCCUCGGUUUUUGUUUUUUCCUGCCUUUAAGGCCCCGGCAAUACAGCACAAUACAAUACAAUGUGCCUCUGCAGGGUGAAUAUUCAAAAAUAGUAAAAAGUAGUCCAGGGACGAUGGUUUGACCAUGUUAGCGUAUUUGUUUGAAUUUUCUUGAUUUGUUUUUACCUUUUUCCUGCCAAAAUCCCCCUGUAUGGGGGGCGGGCCCGACCGAAGGGCAGUCGGUCCUUUCCGAGCAGGGCGACCUUUGCAUGCCUUGCUCGGCUCGCCGCACGGAUUGGCGAGUGAGCUUCGAAGGAAG